CACUCUCAACCAAGUUUUGCCAGCUAUUCUCAAUUUUCUCACUUCCCGUUUCCCAACCAAACUAGUUAACCCCUCCUUCCUCACCCCUACCAGGCUACCACCCUCUUCAAACCCUCUACUUUAAAACCCUCCCUGGCUCCCUCACAGUGACGCUCACAUCAUUCUUGUUCAUGCAUUCCAUCAAACAUAUGACCUACACAAGGAUUCACUCGCCCGUCAUUGAAGAGAAACCAGAGCCCACCGAAUCCAAACCGACCCACCGCUUUGAAUCCCAACCAUCUUCCAAACUGGGCUCCAAGAACAAGAAGCGAGCUUGUCAAAGCGAACCGGACACCCAGUUUCGAGGGGUCCGAAAAAGGAGCUGGGGCCGCUAUGUCUCGGAGAUACGGUUGCCCGGUACAAAAACCCGUGUGUGGCUAGGGUCAUUCGGGUCGGCCGAGAUGGCAGCCCGGGCCCACGACUCGGCCGCCUUGUUCUUAAAGGGCAACUCGGCGUGCCUCAACUUCCCCGAUUUGGCCGAGUCGUUGCCUCGGCCCGAGUCGUCCUCCAGGAGAGAUAUACAAUCCGCGGCUGCCAAAGCUGCUCUUCUUGAGCUUGCGGAUAACCGGUCCGGGUUAGGCGCAGCUGGGCAAUGUGUUGAACCGGACUUUUGGUGCGUGUUCGAUGAUGGAUUUGGUAUUGAUUUGGGAUCGAUCACGUCGAUUGAAGAAGUCAAAGAAGCUCCCCUUCUGAGUCCACUGAGUUUUGAAGGCUCAUCCACUGUAGAACUGGGUGAUCAGCUGCUGGAAGAUGAUGAGCUUUUUUUGGAAUCCGGCUUCCAUAUGUAAAAAUUUUAUUAAAAAAAAAAAAAAAAAAAUGUAUAUUGUAGUUGCAUAUUAUGGAGAAACUCCUAAUUAGAAAGUUGGAGAGUUUUAUAUAUUUUGAAAGAUUAUAUGAAAAGCAAACGGCAUCAGCAUGUGUGUUUGAAGGAUUGCAAAAAUAAUAAUGGUAGUAGAUAGACAGAGAAGCAUGUUGUUAAGGCUAUUUGUACUUUGAAAUGAGUCCAAAAGAGUAUACGAUGUGCCAGAGCCAUGCGGUAAUCACUCUUUUACUCGUUCAACGACUGUUUCCUUUCUUCCAAUAUAUUGAAUUUUAAAGCUAUAGAGCCAAAAAGCUGUCACUCGUGUAAGCUUUCGAAGGCUCUAGUCUGGUAGUCUAUGGACUCC